UAUAAUUUUUGGGUUCGCUGAUUUACGGAAUGCAUAACGGAACAUUUUUGUGAGAUAUGAUGAUUUUAUUAAGUUUUUGUCGCCCCUCUGAAGAGUAAUUAAGAAUAAUAAAUACCCAUCUAAUCGGAAAAACCAGACACGAAAACCAAAAAAUACAUGAAAUGUGGAUAUGAAACAUGCACGUCACUCCCCUAAUCUCUCCCCAUUUGUAUAUAUAAUAUAUGCACUCUAUUCACAAAUAUUGUAUCCGCCAAGGACUUUGGAUACUCUAUACACUCUCACUAUAAUAUAUACAACAAUAUAAAUAUAUAUACAUAUAUUGAUAUUUUCAUAUAUUUCGUAAUGGAGGGUCGGUCCCAAGGGUUGAGGAAAGGAACAUGGACUGCCGGAGAAGACAGUCUCUUGAGGAAGUGCAUCGACAAGUAUGGAGAAGGCAAAUGGCAUCAGGUGCCUUCACGAGCUGGGCUGAAUCGGUGCAGGAAGAGUUGUAGACUGAGAUGGUUGAACUAUUUGAAGCCAAGCAUCAAGAGAGGAAAACUUGUCCCUGAAGAGGUUGAUCUUGUCAUUAGGCUUCAUAAGCUUCUCGGAAACAGGUGGUCGUUGAUUGCAGGCCGAUUGCCCGGUCGGACUGCUAACGAUGUCAAGAAUUAUUGGAACUCCCAUCUUAGAAAGAAACAAAAUCCAUCGUCUAAUUGUAAGAUCAAACCGACUUGCAGGAAACAGAUCAAUGUCCGUUCUCUGACAGAACCAGUUCAAAAAAUCGACGUUAUAAAGCCUCGUCCUCGAUCCUUCUACGACAACAGCCAACAUCGGUUCCUCAAUGCCCCACCUCAAAUCACUUUUACGGGCGGCGGCAAAGACGAAGAUUUCAAUGAGAAUAAUAACAGUGAUGAUAAUUAUAAGAAUGAUGAUAUUCCUCGUGGUAACAAAACAUGUGACAGAGAUUAUGAGUUUGGUACCAUGAAAAGCAUAGUGAAUGAUGAGGGGAGGGAGAUUAUGUGGUGGGAGAGUUUGUUGGAGGAAAGUGAAGGAGCUGCGGCGGCGGAGGAGGACGAGAAUAUCACCGGUGCGGCGGAGAGCUCGCCGGUGAACUUGGCGGCGGCCACGUUCGAUGUUGGCCUUUGGAAUCUAUUGAAUUGAUAUAUAUGUAUGUAUUGAGGAUGAACUCGUCUGUUUUCUUAUUCUUCUUUUCUUUUUCUUUUUUGUGUGUUUUUGUGUGUUUGCUAAUUAGGGUUUUGAAUUCAUAUUCUAAAACGAUAUGUUGAAUAAUGUCGUCUCAAUUAUGUUUUAAUAAGUCUCGAAAUUAGUUUUUUUCAUGCGACCGAAAAUUACACUAUGACACGUCGGUAACUCAAGUGGUUCUAAAAAGGGGUUGUAUGUCCAUUAGAAUUACCCAUGAAUAAGUAAUACCACCUUCUUCUAGAAGAAGGCAAAUUUA